UCGAGCGAUCUCAUCGGGGCGCAUCGCGACCAACGGACGCGCGCGAGCUCAUGUUUCGAUGGGCUUGCUCGUCUGGCACGCGAGAGCCCGCGGGCAGUUGCGGUCGCGGAGGCUGUUCGGACGGCCGCGUCGGGCCCUGCUGGGCCCCGCCAGAGCCAUUGCCUGGUCGCGACAUUCGAGGGCGUCUUGCAUAAUGCUGGCCGUGCCAUGGCGGCUGGCCGCGAGGCUGAGUCCGAAGUGGCGCGGAAGGCGCUCCUCGGUAGCGGCUUGGACAGCGGGCGCGAGCUGGCCAAGAGAUGGGCCGCAGCGCGCGGAGGCCGGCGGGCGCAAGCCCAUCCCGGCCCGCAGUUGGCGUUCGAGAUCUCUGAAGCGUUGGAGGUCGUUGCCGGCCCCGAGUCCGUCGGCGCCGGCGGCUGCGGCGAAUCCAGCGACGGCGCGCCGAUCUCGCCGCGGGCGCGGCUGGCGCAGACGGCGGUCGAGACCGAGGCGGGCCAGGAGAAGCUCGACGAAAAAGGCCGGCGUGUCGGCGCUCCCCGCCGAAAAGUGCCUGGCGCUCCAGGGGGCUGA